UUACACACCGUGCAAAAUCCUACAGCACACUGCUCGAUGUGGGCCAUUCUGACAACCUAACUAGCUAACUCUACUGGUAACUGUUUUGUGGAAUAUUCUACCUUAGAUAAACUGACGUCAGGGCAUAAUGCGAUAAAUUUGUUGUUAUGAUGUUCACGACCUGCUUGCAGGUAUCAGAAAGGAUUGAACCCGUAGUGGAGUCUAGCUAACCUACGAAUGGCCUGCCAGUCUAUAGCUGCAAUCAUGGACGAGCAGGCCCUGCUAGGGCUGAACCCUAAUGCUGAUGCCUGCUACAGGCAGAGGGCAAUGGUGUAUUUUGAGCAGCUGAAGGAGUCCCAGGAUGCAUGGGAGGUGUGUGCUGAGGCCCUGGCUAAAGGCAUUUACAGUGACGACCAUGUGAAGUUCUUCUGCUUCCAAGUCCUCGAGCACCAGAUCAAGUACAGACACGCUAGUCUCAGUGCCGUUCAACAGCAGCUCAUCAGGGAAACCCUCAUGAAAUGGCUCCAGUGUCAGCUGAUGAACGCCCAGCCGGAGAAGCCCUUCAUCCGCAACAAGGCGGCCCAGGUGUUUGCCCUGACCUUCGUCAUGGAGUACCUGACCCUGUGGCCCAAGUUCUUCUUCGACAUCCUGUCCCUGGUGGGGCUCAACCCCCACGGCGUGGACGUCUACCUGCGCACGCUGAUGGCCAUCGACGCCGAGGUGGUGGACAGGGACAUCCUCCACUCCUCUGAGGAGACGCGCAGGAAUACCCUGAUCAAAGACCUGAUGCGGGAGCAGUGCAUCCCCAGCCUGGUGGAGUCCUGGUUCCAGAUCCUGCGGGCCUACCAGCAGUCCCACCCCGAACUCACCUGCCAGUGCCUGGAGGUGGUGGGGGCCUACGUGUCCUGGAUCGAACUCAACCUCAUCGCCAACGACAGGUUUGUGAACCUGCUGCUGAGUCAGAUGUCGGUGGAGGAGCUGAGAGAGGAGGCCUGCGACUGCCUGUUUGAGAUCGUCAACAAGGGCAUGGACCCUGUCGACAAGACCAAGCUGGUGGAGUCCCUGUGCCAAGUGCUGCAGUCUGCCGGCUUCUUCAACGUGGCGCAGGAGGAGGAUGUGGACUUCCUCGCCAAGUUCUCGCGGCUGGUCAACGGGAUGGGCCAGUCGCUGGUGCUGAGCUGGACCAAGCUGGUCAAGGCGGGCAACGUGAAGGUGGCGGCGGAGACGCUGCAGGCGGUGGAGGCCAAGGUGCCGCUGCUGCUCCAGCUGCUGGUGCACGAGGACGACGACAUCUCGGCCAACAUCGUGGCCUUCUGCUACGACUACCUGCACGUGCUCAAACAGGGGUCAGACUGGCCUAGUAGCAUGCAGGUAAGGAGCGGAGAAGAAGAAGCCAUUGAAGAGAAGUGGGACAUAGCCAAGCUUCCUCAACUGACAGACCAGCAGAAAACCAACAUUGAGGCCAUCAUGCUCGCCGUCAUAAAGAAACUGACGUACGACGACGAGUACAACUUUGAAAACGAGGGGGAAGACGAGGCCAUGUUUGUGGAGUACAGGAAGCAGCUGAAGAUGCUUCUGGACCGCUUGGCUCAGGUCUCCCCAGACCUGCUGCUCCAAGCUGUGCGCCGCGUCUUCAGCAACACCAUGCUCAACUGGCAGACCACUCCGUUCAUGGAGGUGGAGGUGGGCAUCCGGCUGCUCUACAUGCUGGGGGAGGCCCUGCCCGCCUCGCACGGGGCCCACUUCUCCGGGGACAACGCCAAAACCAGCGCCCUGCAGGACAUGAUGAGGACGCUGGUCUCCAGUGGGGUCAGUGGGUACCAGCACACCUCUGUGGCCCUCGAGUUCUUUGAGACGGUUGUGCGCUACGACAAGUUCUUCCUCGUGGAGCCCCAGCACAUUCCAAAUGUCUUGAUGGCGUUUCUGGACCAUCGUGGUCUGAGGCACAGCAGCCCCAAGGUCAGGAGCCGGGUGGCCUACCUCUUCUCCCGAUUCGUGAAAACAUUACAUAAGCACAUGAACGCCUUCAUCGAGGACAUCCUGACCAGGAUCCAGGACCUGCUGGAGCUGGCUCCUCCGGAGAACGGCUUCCCCGCGCUGCUGACCAGCGACGACCAGCUGUUCAUGUUCGAGACGGCGGGCGUGCUGAUCGUGAACGGGGAGAGCCCGGCGGAGAGGAAGCAGGCCCUGAUGAGGAGCCUGCUCACGCCGCUGACGGAGGCCUUCCGCCUCCUGCUGGCCAAGCUGCCCCGGGAGGCCGAGGAGGAGAGGCAGGCCGCGCUGGCCGACUGCCUCAGCCACGCCGUGGGGUUCGCCAGCCGCACCAGCAAGGCCUUCAGCAACAAGCAGACGGUGAAGACGUGCGGCUGCACCGAGGUGUACCGGGACUGCCUGCAGGCCUUCCUGCCGGCGCUCAGCUGCCCCGUCCAGAGGGGCUCGCUGCGCAGCGCCGUGCGCUCCUUCCUGCACCGCAUGAUCAUCUGCCUGGAGGAGGAGGUGCUGCCCUUCAUCCCCGCCGCCUCGGAGCACAUGCUGAAGGACUGCGAGGCCAAGGACCUGCAGGAGUUCAUCCCCCUCAUCAGUCAGAUCACGGCCAAGUUCAAGGGCCAGGUGUCGCCGUUCCUGCAGCAGGUGUUCAUGCCGCUGGUGCUGGCCAUCUUCGAGGUCCUGGGCCGGCCAGCGGAGGACAACGACCAGGCGGCCGCCCUGGAGAAGCAGAUGCUGAGGAGGAGCUACUUCACCUUCAUCCAGACCAUCGCCAGCAGCGGCAUGAACGAGGUCAUGGCGGGCCAGGGAGUUGAAAACAUCGAGAGGGUUCUCUUCACCAUCAUCCAGGGAGCGGUGGACUUCCCCGACCCCAUCGCCCAGAAGACCUGCUUCAUCAUCCUCUCCAAGCUGGUGGAACUCUGGGGAGGGAAAGACGGAAUGGUUGGGUUUCCAGACUUCAUCUACAAACACAUUGUUCCAGCUUGUUUUCUUGCUCCUCUUAAGCCCACCUUUGACCUCACCGAUGCUCAGACAGUUCUGACGUUGUCCGAAUGUGCGCUGACGUUGAAAAUGAUUCAUCUCAAAAGGGUUCGUCUCACAUUUCCACUCAAUGCCACAGCUUUUGCAACAGUCAUGUGGGAACAUGAUUGUUUUUCAUGGGGUGCUUAUGCAAAAACCUCUCUCUGUCUUAGGGACCCGAAUUCAUUCAGUACCUACAGCAGGAAUACCUACCUUCCCUGCAAGUGUCACCAGAAAUUACACAGGAAUUAUGUCAAGUGCUGGAACAGCCAGAUGUUAAGGUCCUCAAAAGCUACAUUAAGGCAUUUUUUCAGCGAGCCAAACUAUAAAAAAGAAACUGGAAGUUCAGAAGGAUUGUGAGGACUCAGCAGGGAGACGAAAGGAGUUGUUCGUGCCACUUACAACAAAGACAAAAAAAAAAAAAGACUGAGCUUAGCAUAGGAGCUGCUUUUGCACUUAAACAUGUACCUGCAUAACGAAAGCCCAUCCUGUGUAAGUGGGGGAAAUGAAGCAGAAAAACAAGAUGGAGGGGGCUGUCACUCCAUGUUGGUUGGCCACACCCCUCCACUGACCAUGGACAAAUCAAGGACGUGCUGUCCAUGGGGGAUUGGAGUCCUGGUUGGGCAAACAAGGUUUGUGAUUGGUGUAACCACUCAAAAGACAGGAAGUAAACUAUAGAAUAUAGUGGGGAAAAUUCAAGAAUGGUCUUCAAAUGGUAAAAUGAACGUUUGCUGCCUACUCUACCUAAACAUGUUUUGGUAAUGAACUAAAAAGGACCUGAACAAGUGACUUUAUAGGAGUUGAGAGGCAUAGCUUUUUUGAUGAAACAUGAUUUUGACAGGAAUUUGACAGGAAUAUUUGUGGAAAAAUAAGGGCUGGAUUGUGACAAUUCUGUUGAAUGGUGGCAUUGACUUAUGUUGUGGAAUGGAUUUAUUUAACCUUUUUUUGCAGUUUGAAGUGACUUACAGGAGAAUUGAAGUGCUUAUGGUCCUGGUUCAUUGUGCAUCUGCCUUCCAGGUUUACCACAUACCUCUACCCCCCCAGUGUUUGCAUGUCUUGGGUAUAACGGCAUUCACAUAUCGUUUUUCCUGAUAUUCUCAACGUUACUGUCCUUGGACAUAAUUUAGAACAUGCUUGUGUGUUAGAACUGCAUCUCACCUGUACAGUCAUGAAGUUUAUGUAGUGAUCCACUACAGUCACGUGUAAUGUUCCCUAAACUGGAUGCCACUGACAGUUUUCCUAAGCGUUUGCACCGGUGUUUCAACUGUUACUUUCAGAAGGAAAUGGAAGAGAAACGGUGGAACAAAAUGUAAAUAAUGACCUUAAGAUAAGAUGAUGUUCAAGUGUAAAUAGAGUUUCUAGGUUUAGGCUUUUUUUUAUUUUUUAUUAUUGUAUUCCCAUCUGAAAACUUGUGCAAACGGUUAGUGAAUCUGGACCUUUUAUGUACAGCAAUCCAAAAUAAAUGUUGCUCGUGUUCAGAACGAAACAUUCGGAAUCUAAAUGCAUUUUAUAUUGAAGAAUCGGAUGAUUAUUCAGGCCUCGGAAGACAGAACACGAUUAUGCAAUGUUGAUUGCCUGCAAUACUGUGAAGUUUACCUGCCCAACUGCUCCCCAGGUGUGAAUAGCAUUUUCAGUCGCAGUUUUGAGUACGCAAACCCACCCCAUCUGCAUCUACCCAAAUAUCAAAUGUUCCCCUCAGAGUUGUACUAAUUUCAGUAAGACAUUUUUUGAACCAUUCAACAUAAUUGAGUUGUACUUUUAAUGUCUCAUAAUGGCAUAUUCUGAACCCUUUUAAUUUCAUUUAUUCGAUCCAUCAGUGAAGUGUCUUGGCUACGUCAGCACUCGAAUCACCACAUUUUGUUUUGUUUAGGCAGACACAGGCAACCUAUUUAGUGAGUGUAAACUGUCCGACUGUGCCUGGGACACUGGUAAUAUUUUACCAACCACCAAUCAUUUAGUUGGGUGCUGCUCUAAGAUGAUAAUACCGAUUUAUUUGACUUCCACCACAAUUUGGGGUGUCAUCCAUGCCGUCGCUGUUCUUUGCCAUGAAUUACAAUUUGAAACUUUAAUUGUGGCUCUGGUUUACCUGGAAAAGGUCUGUGAAACAUUUCAACAAAUAUUUUUAAUAAAAGGUGACUUUUAAGAAGUCUUUAAUGUGAAUCCUAAGACAUCAGAUGCUGUAUGGGUUGCCAAUGCAGAGUAAGAAAUCAUUUCAAACUGCAGUUUCCAAAAUGGUUUUAUUAGUGGAUUAUGGGAAAACCAUGUUAAUUGCAUCUAUGCCAAAUAUGAGGUAAUUUGUUCAUUAUGGAUUGAAAUGUCUGUGUGAGAAUGUAGGGUUUAUUUUUUGAUACCGACAUGAACCUUCACAUCUGUUAGUACCAGCAAGUGUUUACUAAUAUGCAGUCUUCAUUAUCCUUGCACAAUCAUUUGCAGAAAUAAAUGUUUGUGUUCUAACAGUAA